AUGAUAGAACCCUCUGAAGACUCAUUUGAGACGAUGAUGGAGCGUAAGAAUCCAUCAUCAAAACAAAUGGAGUCCUCCGAGGGCUCAUCCAACACCACCGUGGAGACACCAGGGAGCAGAGUGGAGGCGGCGGCAGCGGCGGCAGGGCUGGCCAGUGGCCUGGCCCGGGAAAUGGAAGAGCUGCCCAUUGAUCUCCUCCAAGACAUGGAGGAGCCAUCCAGUGGCCCACAUAGGGAAAUAAAGGAUCCACCCAAUGACCUACUCCAAGACCUGGAGGAGUCACGCGAUGGUUCACAUCUGGAAGUGGGGGGUUCCUUUGGUGGGGCACCUGGCAGAAUGGAAGAGGCAUCAGUCAACCCAGGGGGAGCCCAGGAAGAGCAAGACAACUACACUGACCUGGCUGGGUGGAAAGAGGCGCAUCCCGAGGAGCCGGCGGACAGCAUGACCGCAGAAAUCACGGGCAUGGUGAGGUCCAUCAUCUCUCUGUACUUCCGGGUGCAGGACCUCAGAGAGCAGCAGAGGGUGGCGGAAGAGAUCUUGACGAAAGGGAUCAGCGCCGGCCAGCUGCCGAUCCCAGGCAAAUUCUCGGGCGAUCGCAGAGAAUACCACGAGUUCAUCGUGCUCUGCCAGCUGAUCUUACAGAGCUGCCCCAGAAUGCUCUACGAUGACCGCCUGCGGGUGGGCUACGUCAUCGGCCACCUCUCGGGCCUGGCCUUGGAGUGGGCCAAAGAUCUGGUGGAGAGAGAAAGCCCCCUGAUUGACGACUUCCCAGCCUUCCUGGAGGCCAUGUCCGAUACGUUCCAGUACCGCCAGGCCCUGCGGGUGGCGGAAGAGGCCAUGUUCAACCUCAGGCAGGGGGAUCGCGCCGCCAUCGAAUACAUCAACGAGUUCCAGGGCCUGGUGCCCACCCUGGGCUGGCCAGACGAAGUCCUGCAGGCCCACCUGUGCCAGGGGCUCAAGGAGGAGAUCAGGCACUAUUUGUUCCGCGUCCCUCAGCCGGAUUCGCUGGACAGUCUGAUUCUGCUGGUCCUGCAGAUAGAAGAGAAGCUGGCAGAGAGAAGGGCGAUGCUCAGGCUGCCCCCGGAGGCCCGCCCGCGGAACCUGACCUGGAUCGACUCGCCUGCUCCGGAGAGGUGGGUGGUGAGCAGCUGGCUGCCCUGCGAGGCCCACCCCGCCAUCAACCGCGACCACCUGUUCCUGCUGCUCAUGGUGAGGGUGAACCCCUACCACAGCGUGGCGGUUCAGGCCCUGGUCGACUCGGGGGUGGGCGGCAACUUCAUGGAUGAGAGGUUCGCCCAAGAACACUACGUCGAGCUCUACAAGAAGCCCUGCCCGCGGUCGGUCCCGUCCGUGGACGGCUCGCUGGUCGGCCACGAGCCCGUCUGGCUCUACACCGAACCCCUGGUGUGCAUCCACCAGAGCCACCACGAGUCCCUGCAAUUCGACAUCAUUCCGUCUCCCAACUUCUCCGUGAUACUAGGCAUCGACUGGCUCCGAGUCCACGCCCCAGAGGUCGACUGGGUCAAAGGCCGCUGCACCUUCCACUCUCCCUACUGCCUGAAGAACUGCUUCCGCCCGCCCCCACCAUGCAUCGCUCUGGAAAGACAUGCCAUAAGCUUGCUGCCCGGACUGCCGCCCCUGUACUCCGACCUGGCCGACGUGUUUAACCCGAAGGAAGCAGAAGAGGAGACUUCCGACCAGCCAAGCUCAGACGGAUCCGAUGAUCUUUCUGAAUCAGAGCCCUCUGAGCUUCAGCAGGCUGGAGACAGUGAUCACAGCGAGACCUAUCACGAGUGUCCCUCCACCGCGCCGUGGGAACCUGUGGGAGCCGGGAUGCAAGAAAGGGCCAGGCGGGAGGAAUACUGGGACCCGCAGGACAUGCUGACCAGCAGACACGACUACGUACAGAUGAUUCCAGAACUGUUUGACCAGUUACACGGAGCCACGUGGUUCACAAAGCUGGAGCUGCGCGGCACCAUCGUGGAGGAAAGCAUGAACAUACACCAAACGGAAGAUGUGUGGAAAGCAGCGUUCGGUUUGGAGCUUCAAGAGAUGACGAGCUACCGGCCCUUCCUGAUCUGCGCAGACCCUAUCAUCCCUCAGGGCGUGAUUCACUUUAUCCUAAAGGACAUGCUCGGUUUCUUUGUCCUCUCAUACGGGCAGCACGUCCUGGUCUACUCAAUGAGCCAGGAGGAGCACCUCCACCACGUCCGCCAGGUGCUGGCCCGCUUCCGCUACCACCACGUCUACUGCUCCCUGGACAGGAGCCAGUUCCACCGACACACUGCCGAAUUCCUGGGAUUCGUCAUGACCCCCAAAGGGGUGAAACUCAACAAGAGCAUCGUGACCACCAUAACAGGGUACCCCAUCCCUGGCUCUAAGAAGUCCCUGCGAAACCUCAUCGAAUUCGCCUUCCCGUACCGGCACUUCGUGGAGCGCUUCGCCGUCAUCACGGAGCCCCUGGUGCGCCAGCUACUGAGCGACCGGCCCUUCUGCUGGGGGCACGAGGAACAGGAGGCCUUCGAGUGCCUGAAGUGGGCUUUCCGCAAGGCGCCCCUCCUCCACCACCCCAAGCCCCAGAACCCGUUCUACUUGGAAACGGGCGUCACCAAGACGGCCCUGCACGCCUCCCUGAUCCAAGUCGACGACCAAACCGGCAAGCGAGUCUGCUGCGCUUUCUAUUCUCGAAACAUCUCCCCAAUCGAGGUGGAGGCCUCGCCAGCGGAGAUGAAGACCCUUCCAGUACGGGCUGCCUUCGUGGUGUGGUGUCGCUACCUGGAGAACACCGAGGAGCCUAUCAUGAUCCUUCUCAACACAGAGGAUCUGGCCUCUCUGAAUAAUGACAGGCUCACCGUACUUCUCCCCGGGCAUUGGGUCUUCUUCUUCUCCCACUUCCACUUUGACGUCAUGGAGCGGCCAGAACAAAAGGGUGGCCGGCCCCCGCCGCCCAUGCGGAAAUGUCUCCGGAGAAGAGCCUUCCAGCAGCGUGCUGCCACUCGGCCAAGGAUGCUUUUUGCUACGGGAGGGUCCCCCAGGGCUCAGUCCCCAGAAUCGGGGGACGAAGAGGAGAAUGAAGAUGCCCUUCAUCAGGACGAGCCGAAUGGGCAGCACCUCCGGCAGGAGCUCCUGGCUCUGAUACCAGCAGACCAAAUACUCAACAGCUUCCUUGCCCAUUUCAGCAUGGCCCAGAUCAGGGCAGUCAUUCUGCACUUCUUCCGAGGCCUCCUGUUCUGGAAGAACCUCCUGGCCGUGGCCGCCCUCCUUGUGCUGCUGAGGUUCAGGACGCCCCUCGCCCUGCCGCCCGCACCCACCUCGGACACCGCCCGGCCGCCGCUGCGGCGCUCUCUGUGCCUGCUGCUGGACUCGUCCCUCAUCGCUGGCAGCGGCAUCGCCCCCGCCGUCACCCAGCUGUUCACCCAGAUGCCCCCGCUCACGGGCGCCAACGCCAUCCCAGCCGAGGAACCGGCCGAGCUGUUCCUGGGCCCUGGCCAGUGGCGGCGCGACGCCCUGCUGGGCCUGCGACUCACGCCCGAGUUCUGGCAGAUGCUGUGCGAGCUCUUCGCCGUCAGAGUCACCCCCCGUGAGGGGACCCACCCCCACCCGCGCCCGAACCGCUACCUGGAGCUGCACGUCGUCGACGAUGAGGGUGUCGUCUUGCGAGAAGCCCUGCAAGACGACCUGCAACGUUACCGUCAGUGUGGCCUGCAUGACGGCCUGCAAGACACCUCGCAGGACGAGCAGGAGAACGACGUGCAGGAGAGCCUGAGCCCCGACGCCUCGGGCGCCCUCGGGCCCCGCCAGCACCUCCCCAGCGACACCGACGUCCGCCGCCUGCUCUAUAUCCGCAGCGCCCGACGGGGGUCCAUCGCGAUCAACAGGCAGCUGGCAGCCAGGGCCCUGACCCACUUCCUGACCGCCAUCUACACCCAGUCUACAUCCACCCUCGUCAGGGUGAGCCCCCCCGGGGAAGGAGCAACGCUGGAGGAGCUGCCCGGAGAAGAGCAGGACGCGGACCUCGACUGA